GGGUCCCGCCCCCGCGGCACCACGUGGGUGGGGGGGCGGGCGGGAGCGGCGGAAGGGGCGGGGCCUCUCGGGCCUCCCGCGCCGCGGGCCAGUCACGUUACCGCCCGCCGAUCCGCUGGCCAUGAAUGGGGCCGUCGCCCGCAGCCCGGCUGCCCAGCCGCAGCUCGGGAGCCGGAGCCGCCGCCGGGGGAAGGCCCGGCCCUCCUACGUGGACGAGACGCUGUUCGGCAGCCCUGCCAGGGCUCGCCCGGCGCCGCCGGACUUCGCGCCUCCCUGGGCGGACGAGGCCGGCCCCGCGAGGCCCUCGGUGCGGAGCCCGCCUGCGGCCGGGGCCAGGUGGAAAGCGGAGGCCGUGGCACCCUCCGCCUGCACGCUGCAGGGCACCCCCAGGAAGAGGAACAAGUACAGGUUGAAAAGUCACACUCCAUCCUAUUGUGAUGAGUCCCUGUUUGGCACCAAGCCUGAGGAUCCGGCCUGGGCAGCCUCUUGGAUGAAGAAAGAAGAUGUAGCCAAACUUCGUCCACUGCUCUGGAGCCCAUCAUCUGCCCCCCGAAACCAGUCAAGCCUUUCCUCCCGCUCCAAGGAGACGCCCUUGAGAGCCGUCCACCCCCAAGCCCCAGCAUCACCAGCGCUAGCAAACCUUGGCACAGAUCGUAAGGGCAAGUCUUACAUCUGGAAAUGGCCUGAGAGCGAUUCGGACUCUGAAGGCCGGGGUGCUCCCAGCAGAGGACGUUCCCAGUCUCUCACCCGGCUGAGUGCCUCUCCGGAUAGCCUCCGACUGGCUUCAGGCAACCCCAAGACAGAAAAGCAUAAAAAUCAGUGCCCCCCAACAGCCCCUGCGACGCCCCGAGGCCCUCUGACGAGGGUUCGGUCUAAGAGCAUGUCUGCACCUUUUGUCAGGACCUCCAAGGCAGCGGGUGUUUGCAAACCCAAGCCUCCCUGGAAGUGAAAGGAAAUGUCCCUCCCUAUGUAAAUAUGCCUCUAACCUACCCCUGACGGGGGUCUGACAUCCCAGUGAGCAAGUCUCCAAGGACCUGGGAGCCUCUUGCACCUGCAAACAAGGGAAGGAGCUGUCAGGGAGCAGCGAAAGGGGGGCUGCUCCACGAGGGAGGACGAGCCGGGAGCCGAGAGCGACCACAGCCUCAAUGGGGCAGUGAGUGACCUCCCUGGGCAGGGCACAGUCCCACGGCACCCGAGCAGGACAGCCAUCGUGGUAAUAACAGCUUUCAUUGCCUGUCCAGGGGUCAUCAGAUGAGGCAAGGUAACGAGUCAGGUUGUUUCCAUCCAGAACGUCCGGUCAGGGCAGCAGGAGACAGCACUACCAGCAGCAUAGGUGCAGGAGACAGGACUGGACACAGGUACACCUACAGCGUAGCUCAGGCGAGGAUGGGGGGCCGGGCCCGGGUGCAGAUGGGGGUCCUGGACCAUGGAGCAGAGGGUGUCUGGAUGGAGGUCCCCAGUGAGGCUGGCCAGGGCAAUUAGGGUCUGUUGGUGCCCUGACAGGAACCUCCACUGGCCACUUUUGGGGAGAGAGGGGUCUGGCUUCAUCCUGCCUGUUACACACAGUCACAGUCUCAUUCGGGUUGGACAGGACUGUAGGAGGUCUCUAGUCCAAACUGCUCGGAGCAGGGUCGGCUGUGGGGUCAGGCCAGGUUGCUCAGGGCUUUAUCCAGUCGAGUCUUGGAAACCGCUGAGGACCGAGACUGCAUGAUGUCUCUGGCACCCUGUUCUGAUGCUUCACUGCCCUUGUGAUGAAAAAAUUUUCCUUGUAUCCAGCCAGAGCCUUUCUUGUUUCAGUUUUUGUCUGUUCUCUCAUUCUCCUGCCAUACGCCUCAGCAAAGAGCCUGGCAUUGUCGUCUUGGUAACCUCUUUGUGGGUGCUGCUAUGAGAUCCCCCCAAAACCUUCAUUCUUCAGGUUGAACAAGAUGGUUUUAUUUGCAGCCUCUGAUCAUGGGGCAUGUGCUCCAGUCCCUGACCAUCUUGGUGGCUCUCUGCUGGACUUGCUCCAGUUUAUCAACGUUUUAAUGAUGCCCUUUGGCCAAGGAAGGAGAAGGGAGAGCGAGCAGAGAGGUGAGAAAUGGCAUCGCCCUACGUCCUUCUCGUGGUGGGAUGCUCUUACGGUGGAUGGGUUUGUGCGGCAGAGCGAGGAUCUGCCUCGGUGAAUCCAGCAGCCGCUUGGGUUCGGGCCUUGCUGACUGGACACAAAAACCCUGUGAUUCAUGUUGAACGCCAUGAGGUGCUGUCACAGCAAUGCCACGCUUGCAUACAAAUAAAUGAUCAAAGGCGAA